AUGGAAUGCAAGAACUGUGAGCUGAGACAGAGACAGUUUUACUGUGCCAGCUGCCUCAAAACACACGUACGCGACUUUCGUCUCCAGACUCAACACUUCGCGUCGGAUCGUGACGAACAUAUCGCAAAAGGGACCAAGGCGCUCACUCGUAUCGAGGUCUUCCGCAAUGAUAGAGCAACGGUCUCAACCCUACAGGACCACCUCAAAGACCUUGGACAGGGCCUGGAGAAGUUAAAGCGCAGCAAUGACUCCAAGCGCGAACGUCUCAGACUCCUGCGAGAGCAGCUAGCUGCACGCAGGCGAACACUCUCAGCCGCUAAACUUCUUCCUUCUCCACCGCUCGACCAAACCAUUUCAAAGGAAACGCAAGAGCUUCACGCGCUAUCUGGUGCUAUAACGCGAGCCCGUAUCGGUCUCGUUCAAGAACUCAUCGAAGUUUUCAACAUUGUCGAGGUCGGAGGCAGACCGCCUAUCGGAGGCAGAGCCGGCACCAAAGGCGAGUGGACAAUCGGCGAUUUGAUUCUCCCUGUACCAGGGGACAUACGACGAUACCCACCCGAUCACAUCAACGCUGUCAUUACCCAUACCAUACACUUCCUCGGACUCCUUACAUUCUAUCUCGGCGUUAAACUUCCGUUUGAUAUUCAGUGGGACCAGAAGCGGUUCGCAGUGGGUCGCCCGUGGAUUGGAGCCAUCAAAGGUACGGAAUCGGGAGGUUGGUCAAAAUGGUCCAAGAAGCAGCCACUUCAUCUAUCCUCCUCGUCGACCAUGCCUUCCUCGGCCACCGCGUUAUCGUCAUCAACGUCAGAGUCAUACAUAGACGCCAACGAAACAGCAUCUGAAUCUUCAUUCACAACGGCUUUUGCGAUGUUACUCUAUAAUGUGUGCUAUUUGGCGCAUACCCAGUCCGUCGAGAUACCGCUAUCCCAAGCCGGAGAUGCGUUGAGCAACCUAUGGGGGAUAUGUUGCAGUCCUGAAUUAGGCCGCCGAUCCCACCAGACUGUACCCCCUCUUCCGCCACCCACGUCAUCGUCGUUCUCGCUCGACUUCGCUCAGCUUCUCCAAGCGACUGCUGCCAAACCAGCAGCUCGUGCUCGGAUCAGGCCGGCGACGUGGUCACCAAUGGUCCGCUCCCCUCGACACCCGGAGCGUAUAAUCGAGGAAGACGGGUGGGAGAUGGUAGAUGAGGCCGGCGAAGAUGCAUUUAGCUAAGCCCUAUAAUCCAUAGAGCCCUUGUAUCAUUCCGAGCAUCCUGCCCGUUCAGACUGUCUUGUCCUGGCUGUACUCUAGUCCAACGUCAUAUACACGUGUCUCUCGCCG